AUGUCAUCACCAAAGGGUUGGAAGUCAGCUUCCUCUAAUCUUAAAGAUAGCAAUGAUGUGGAUCAACUGAAACAAGAGGUAUCUAGACUGCGACAGGAGCUGAAACAGUCAAACAAUGAGAAACAUCUAUUAGAGUUCAAAGUUACACUGCUACUUGAUAUGCUGGCAUUGAGUAGUCUUGAUGUAAAGUACUUUGAAGACUUGGAGAAGCAAUGGACAAAGAAGCAACCACAUAGUCGUGACAAUCACGACAAUAACAAGUAUCAUUGA